GUAGAGACUAUAAAGCUGUGGGGGGAACGACGGGCAAGUUUAGUUACAAAGCAGCGCGCAGAGCGUAAACAUACAAAGCAAUUUUUCUAAUUUCUUGCGUUUAAAUUUUUAAAAGUUUAUUAAAUGGUCUGGACGGUCGGUGACUGGUGCAUCUGUGUUCCGGAAUCUAUUGAGCUUUUAUCUCAGUCGGUUCAGAAGUUUUGUGGAUGUGGUCCACACUCGUAUACGGCCAAACACUUUCUUCACGCUCCCGGCCAUCGUCAAUCACCGAUUGAUAUUCAUACCGACGAAGUUCGUUUGGAUCCGCGUUUGAACAUUAAGCGACUUACGUGGAAUUAUCCGAAGGAAACGAUUGAAUUACUCAAUACCGGAUAUUGUUGGAAGGCUCACGUGCCCACUGCAGGGGCCACUUUGUCUGGAGGUCCAUUGUCGCACGAAUAUGAACUCGCUCAGUACCAUUGUCAUUGGGGAGAGAAUGAUCACGUUGGAUCGGAACAUCUUGUUAAUGGCCAAUCGUAUGGAGCUGAAAUUCAUUUCGUCAAUUGGAAUACCAAAUACGGAAGCUUCAACGAGGCCCUCAAAUACGGAGACGGGCUGGCAGUUUUGGCUGUUUUUCUUAAAGUAGGAAAAGAAAACCCGGAGCUGAACAAACUUUGUGAACUUACAUGUGAUAUCAAGCACAAGGAAGAAUGUGUGCCUUUCAAAAACACUUUGGAUCCAAAUAAGCUUCUUCCAGAGAAAGGUGCGUAUUACACAUAUCUGGGAUCACUGACUACUCCGCCUUGCAACGAGUGUGUCAUUUGGAUUGUAUUCGUUGAUCCCAUCGAAGUGUCGCACGAGCAGUUGGAAUCUUUCCGCGAGAUGAUGUCCAUGAAAAAAGGUGGCUGUACUCAGCCCAGCGGUGAACACAGAAUCCUAAACAACUACCGUCCACCCUUGUCGGUUGAGCAGCGAGUAGUCAGUCUUGGAUACCUUUAAAGCCUUCGCAUCAUUAUCGCAGUUAUAUGAAAAUCAGAAAAAAAGAAGUGGGAAUCUUUAUCGGUUGGUUCGGGAAGGACAUCGGUUUGCAUUAUUUACCCCACUGUCAUUUAUUUUUCGUCAUAUGGGAAUAUCAGAUGUAACUAUCGCCGUAGAAUUUACUAUUUUAUAAUCGUCACAUUUAUCCGGAAAAAUUUCCCUGUAAAGCCAUUCACUAUGUGUAUGUAUUAUCCCCAGCAAAUGAUGCCGGAGAAGAACCGUCUUCAGGUGUUGACUAUGCCAACAUUUUUUUAUAUAAGGCUUUGAUUGUCGUAAAUCGUUGAUUCUCAAUUACUAUGCAAUUGGGCAUCAGAGAUUUGUACAGGGGAUUCAUUUUCACUUUACAUUUUAAUAAAUUUUUCGAAUUAUA